GUUCCAUGUUUGUUUUUCUUUUUAAAAAAGAAGCUAUAGUGACACUGAAACCGAAGGAGAGAUUUUUGAUUCCUUAGUGAAAUAUUUUGGUGAUAAUUUGGGGCGAAAAGUUAAAGCGAUGCCAUUAGUUGAAGAAACUUCCUUACUUGAAGAUUCAUCAGUGACUUUGCCUGUGGUAAUAAUAGGAAAUGGACCCUCAGGGAUCUGCCUUUCUUAUAUGUUAUCAGGCUACAGACCAUAUUUAUCAUCAGAAGCAAUACAUCCUAAUACAAUCUUACACAGUAAAUUAGAAGAAGCAAGACAUCUUUCCAUUGUUGAUCAGGACUUAGAAUACCUGUCUGAGGGUCUUGAGGGCCGAUCGUCCAAUCCUGUCGCAGUGCUUUUCGACACGCUUCUUCAUCCAGAUGCUGACUUCGGGUACGACUACCCCUCCGUGCUGCACUGGAAAUUAGAGCGCCACCAUUACAUCCCUCACCUGGUCCUUGGGAAAGGCCCACCUGGCGGAGCUUGGCACAAUAUGGAAGGCUCCAUGUUGACAAUCAGCUUUGGAAAUUGGAUGGAGCUACCUGGACUUAAAUUUAAAGACUGGAUGUCUAGUAAACGAAGGAACCUAAAAGCGGACCGGGUUUUGCCAGAGGAAGUGGCUCGCUACUAUAAGCACUAUGUGAAAGCCAUGGGUCUCCAGAAGAAUUUCAGGGAGAACACGCACAUUACCUCUGUGUCGAGACUCUACAGAGGUCCGGACGGCAGUGACGGUCAAGACAGAGAUGUUGCGGCACAGCGUCUACAGAUCGAGAAGUCAAAGUUCACCAGGAGAAACUGGGAGAUCCGGGGCUAUCAGCGAGUAGCAGAUGGUUCCCAUGCUCCGUUCUGUCUCUUCGCCGAGAAUGUCGCUCUGGCAACCGGAACGCUGGACUCUCCUGCACACCUGCAGAUCGAAGGCGAAGACUUCCCUUUUGUGUUUCAUUCGAUGCCCGAAUUCGGAGCGGCUGUGAGCAAAGGGAAGCUGCGCGGCAAAGUGGACCCAGUGUUAAUUGUGGGCUCUGGGCUCACUGCAGCCGACGCGGUGCUGUGCGCUUACAACAGUAACAUCCCUGUGAUUCAUGUGUUUCGCAGACGAGCAACAGAUCCAAGUUUAAUUUUCAAACAGCUUCCCAAAAAGCUUUAUCCCGAAUACCAUAAAGUAUAUCACAUGAUGUGUACUCAGUCCUACUCUGCAGAUUCAAAUCUUUUAUCUGAUUACACCAGUUUUCCUGAGCACCACGUGCUUUCCUUUAAGUCGGACAUGAAAUGCAUUCUUCAGAGCGUCUCCGGAUUGAAGAAAAUAUUUAAACUGUCUGCAGCAGUAGUGCUGAUAGGUUCUCAUCCCAACCUGUCUUUUCUGAAGGAGCAGGGCUGUUACCUGGGCCAUAACUCAAGCCAGCCGAUCACGUGUAAGGGGAACCCUGUGGAAAUAGACCCGUAUACCUACGAGUGUGUUCAAGAAGCACACCUUUUUGCAUUGGGUCCUUUAGUCGGUGACAAUUUUGUUCGAUUUUUAAAGGGAGGGGCACUGGGUGUUACACGCUGUUUAGCUACAAGACAGAAGAAAAAGCAUUUAUUUGUUGAAAGAGGAGAUGGGGUAGCUUAAAGCGCUUUCCAAGUCAUUUACAUGGACAGUUCAUCAUUAAAGAUUUUUAAUAGUGUUUUUGCAGUGUACUGGAUUGAAUUUUCUGGACUUGAAUUAACGGGAAGAGAGCUUCAGGCUAUACUAAUUAUUUUUUAGAGUUACAAGGACUUGGUGUUCUGAUUUAUACUGUAAUGUAUCGAAGGUGUGGCUGUCAGCCAAAUGGAAACACUGCUGAUUUGGUAUACUUUAUGCUCUCACUUAACUAAAACAUUCUUUUCUUCCAAGAGGUACUUUUUGUGAUCAUUUCUGGUUAUUUGUUAUGAUUGACUCCAAAAUAUUACAGCCUACACCUAUAAAACCGCACAGUCAUUAGACCGGAAAUUCUCCUUACUACGUAUUGGGUCACCUUGCUCCUCGAAGGGCGGUCCGAAGACCAGCCUCAGCUUCAUCUGUAACAGUUGUUAGAAGUGUAGACUCUCAGACCCCAGGACAGACUUGCUGAAUCAGAAACCACAUCUUAACGGGAUCCUCAAGGAAUAGGUGUGCUGUUUAAGUAGGAGACACACUGGUCUAAAAGAAAAUGGGAUGCGAGGUAUUAUGCUGGAGGUGGGCUGGAGACAGGCAUUUAACUCAGGUUUGAUUUAUUUUGAAAUUACCAAUUGUAUAAAUCAAACUUAUUACCAAAUAUGAUCUUUUAAGAAUAUUUUUUUAUUGUUGAAAGCUUGACAGAUACUUCGUAUUCUUAGCUUCUAAUAAUUUUAAAAUGGUCCAAUAAUGUUGGCAAACACUUAGAUAGCCAGGAGCUUGCCAAGUAUUUUCUGGAGAUUUAUUCUCUACUUAAUUAGCAUAACACUUAAUAUUACUUGCAAAUAAAUAAAUGUGACUGGAACUACCCAUCUCUUUGUGAACACUGAGUUAAUUUCUGUCACUGAAACUAAGGUUUUGGGGCAUAAGUACUUCUAAUAUUGUAAUACUAUUUGGGUAUUGCCAGAAUUAUUAAAGAUUAAUACUGAAAAUUAGGUUAAAACAUUUCCAUUCCCAAGAUUAGUCUGAAAUUUGUUAUAGAUGACAUAGCAUCUCAUUCUACGGUUAUUGUUUGAACUGUAUGCUCUAUCUUGGUGUAUAUUUAUUUAGAUAUACUUAAUAUCUGUAUUUUCAUACAAAUCCUCAGAACUUUUAGUUAGAAGACUUUCCUGAAGUUCUCCAUGGCAAACUGAGUUUCUCAUUCUCUUGCUUGCUUGCUCUCUUAGAAUUUAUUUCAUCUGGAAUGUGUCUUUAAACAUCUAAUUCUCUUUUUUCUUAGUAUUAAAAAAUGGACUAAAGUGUACAUAUUUUUCUGUCCAGCUUUUUGCAGUGUUAUGUUUACAGGAUCAUAAUUCACCUUAAAAUAGAAUCAUUUAGAAUAUACUUGCCUCUACAAUUAGCUGUUUCAGAUAAACUGAUCAAUUCUUA